AUGGUCUCCAAGACUGCAUCAGCAAAGCACGACCCUGAUGCUGAUACUUUCAGUAUCAAUGAACUAGCAAAACUCUACCCGUACGAGCUGAAAUGGCGAGAGCGACAGCCCGCGCUUCUCGAGAAGGGCUACCAGUUACGCCCUCGUUUCCGCCCGGGCUGGAAGCCCUCUUGGAAGAAGUGGGACUGGCUGCCGCGGUGGAUCAAGUACGGACUCAUGAAUCCUUACGGACGCGAGGACAGUCUCCCUCUGAUGUGGGGCGAACUCAUCAUGGACGCGAUACGUGUCUCUGACGAUGCGCCUGUGGUCAUGAAGAUCAUCGACAAACACGCCCAUCCUGAGGAGCUGAACAUUGCGAGAUCUUUCACACCGUUGAGAGACGAUCGCAACCAUUGCGUGCCCGUGUGGGACUUCUUCGAUGCACCGGAUGACUCUGCGCGCACCAUCAUUGUCAUGCCAUUGCUAAGGAAGUUCGACGAUCCGCCCUUCGAGACGGUUGGGGAAGUCGUCGAAUGUGUGCGACAGCUACUGGAGGGGUUGCAGUUUAUGCAUGAACACAAUGUCGCACAUAGAGAUUGUUUCACGCCGAACAUAAUGAUGGAUGCCUCGCCUUUGUACAUCAGACCCUUUCAUCCCUCAAACCCGGCCAAGCGCCGCGACUGGAAAGGGCCGGUGAAGGCUAUAUCGCGCACGGAAUACUACAACCGGACGCGAAAGCAUGUGAAGUACUACUUCAUCGACUUCGGUAUAUCCAAGCGCUAUCCGGCAGGCAGUACUGCGUCGCGGGAGCUCCCGAUCAUCCCGGCCGAUAAGUCGGUCCCCGAGCAUCAGGGCGCGCUGUAUCACACGCCUUCCAAUCCUUUCGCGACGGACGUCUACCUGCUCGGGAAUGCGAUUCGAGAGCGGUUCAUGAAGCGUCCUGGCUUCGAGAAGCUGCGAUUCAUGGAGGCUCUAGUUUUGCAGAUGACAGCGGAGAACCCUUUGGCCCGCCCAAAAAUAGGCGAAGCAGUUGCCCGCUUCGCGACAUUAGACCCUGGUAAUCUAGAUCUGUCGCUGUCCACUGCCAGCAGGGGCACGGGUGCACAGUCUGCGAGCUCCCGCAUCGCGAGUCAGCCAGCCGCAUUUCUAUCUCCGAGACAGCCCGAAACGCUUCAAGUGGCUGGCCAACAAUCUCUCGUGACCUCUGCCGUGGCUUCGACAUCGCAGCAUCCAGCGCAGACGUUGAAGCCUGGAAAGGAUGUCCAGAAGAAUAAGAAGGAUAAGGGUGCAAAGGGCAAGGGUAUGGGAUGA